AACCGCAGCAAGGCCAAGUCAGAGAAAAAGUUAUGGGAGGGUGCACUUCUCGAUGCGCAAAAGGUCAUCGAACUCAACCCUGCGUCUCAUGUUGGAUACCAGGUGAAGCAUCAAGCGCUUCAUGGCGCACAGCGCUAUGAUGAUGCUAUCGAGGCCUUCGAAAUGAUGCUAUCCAAACUGGACAAUGCUGCCGACACGCAAAUACGAAAGCUGCGUGAGCAGUAUGUCAGUCCCUCCGAAGCAAAAGAUAUGGUUCGAAAAGUCAUCGACACCCAACUCGACACUGCCCCGCUUCGUCUACUCAACACCACCACCGGGCUCUUGUGUGACCGAGAAAUGCAGAUAAACGUCUUCAAAACGAGCACAGAGUACAACGAGCUUCUGUUAUCGAUCAUGAAGCGCCCAGACCUCGGAAUGGAGCACAUCACAGAGGUGGUGGCGACGUACUUCGGUUGUGUCAUGCUAUCCCACAAAUGGGAAGGGCAGGAGCCACUGCUGCAGGAUAUCCAGGACAAGGGUUGUUAUCGCUGGGCUUGGAGCGAUACAUGCUGCAUCGACCAAAAUAACAAUGUCGAGCUCCAACGAUCGGUUAAUUCUAUGUUUGUCUGGUAUCACCAUGCUGCUCUUACAAUUGUCUACCUACCGGACGUUCCGCCUUCGUCAGAGUCAGGGGCACUUGCAAACAGUGUCUGGAACACGCGAGGAUGGACCUUUCAAGAACUCCUCGCUUCCAAAAUCAUUCUUUUUUAUCAGAGGGACUGGACCUUGUAUCUCAAUGACCGCUCUCCCAACCACAAGGAAUCUGCUGCAAUCAUGCAGGAGUUGCAUGAUGCAACUGGCAUAGAUUGCCAGGCCCUCACAGCCUUCUGUCCAGGGAUGAGCGGCGCCCGAGAGAGAUUUCAAUGGGCGUCGACACGCGUCACCACAUUGCAGGAAGAUAUUGCAUACUCAUUAUUUGGCAUCUUCGGCGUGCAACUUCCUGUAAUUUACGGCGAGGAGAAGCAAAAUGCGCUCGGGCGACUCCUGCAAGAGAUCGUGGCUCGGUCAGGGGACAUCACUCCCCUCGACUGGGUCGGACAAUCAUCUGAGUUCAACACCUGUCUUCCAGCCGACAUCACCUCAUACAGAGCUCCGCCUCGCACGCUGCCAUCAUUGUCCAAAGACGAGAUCCAGACAAUGGUCUCUCCACUGCGAAAUUCCGUGCCUGUGGAGUUUGCUUUGAAACUUUAUACCCUUCUUGACAACACGAGUGCUCCUCGUUUCGCGAACUGCAGACUGCAUCUGCCUUGCAUCGUGUUCCGUGUCACGGAAGUCAGACGGAGGCGUAGUCCAGACCAGGAGACUCAUUUCACGUAUGGAGUGAAGGCAGAUGGGCUACGGGACCUGCUCAUUGCCACCGAAGAGACACUGAUUCAGUUCUCGCGGACAAGGCCCGCUCCGAGUCGACAGACAUUCUUUCUUGUCUGUCCAUGGGACCGUUGUCUCCUCGAGGAGCCAGACUUUGUAGAGCCGCUGCUUGCCUUUGCAGGCUUGGAUGAUGCGGAAAGCUUGGGAGAUUGGUCCGAGCCCGAGUCUCCUUUGGACGACUCGAGCGGCGGUUCUCCUGUAGAACAAGAGCUGGUUGAUUCGGAAUCGAUCGAGCGAGCGUUGCGAUUGCUUGUCCGCCUUGGGCAGCCUUUUGGCGCUUUGUUUCUAGCGCGGCAGGAUGGCGGAGAAUACAGGCGGAUCGCAUCGGAUCAUAAUAUUACUGCACAAGUUAAACAUAUGGCUUCUGUUGACAGCAUGAUGGAUAUCAGGACUCUAGAAAUAAUGUAG